AUGCUCCUUGUUACCCUAAUUGUGGAUGUGGAUGUGGAAGUUGUUGAAAAUGAAACAACUAAAACAGCUACAAUAAUUAUUCGUGGAGCUACACAAAAUCAUUUGGAUGAUAUUGAGAGAGCUAUUGAUGGCGGUAUUAAUAUAGUUAAAGCCAUUGGCAGAGAUAAUCGUUUAGUUCCUGGUGCUGGCGCAACUGAAAUGGAAUUGCUUAAACAAUUAGUCA